UGAUUUCGGAUUCUCAACUAAUAUCUCGUUUCAGUGUUGCCUUUUGGCAACACUGAAACGAGAUAUUAGUUCUAAACCCACCUAAGCGCGGCUAACGAACAUAGCAUCUUACUGGACGUAUUUUAAUUCGUGAAAAUUAUGACAUGCCUAACGUUGAACCCAGACCUCAUUGAGGACCAGUGACAUUCAGUGGAAGGAUGAGUGGGGAUCAGAACUCCUUGCCAUGGCUCCUACAUCCAACAUCACCUGAAGUGAAAAACUGGAUGCGUGAGGAGGCAAGGAAAUGCUUGGAAGCAAGAGAUAUGCAGGGAGCUGCCAAGGCUGCUGCAAACAUCCAUUCCCUUUCCUUCAGAUCCAAACACAUCAACCAAAGUCGACAGAAGUUCCUAAAAGAGAAUGAUUCUAUUCGGAAUAGCCUGACAAAAGCAGAAGAGCUUGGUGUCCCAUAUAAGGAUGACAUUAUGGAAUUUGCUUGGGAAGGAGAUAUAAUUGAGAAGUUGAAGGAGUCCAUAGAACCAGACUGGACAGUGGUGCAGUUGACUGUGUUGUCAAAUCCAGUGAUGGAUGGAGAUGAGAGGGAGCCUCAGUUGCUGUUGACUCGAAUCUCCCAUAAUGCACCCCCUCUUGUCCUUCAUAUUCCAUCCCCCACCCAUAAAGGGAAGCCUUUGUUGUUUUCCAAGAAGUGGCAGAAACUGCAGGAAACCAACAUGGUCAUCAAUAGUUCUAAUUCCACCAGGGACAAGCAUACAGAGAAGCUCAAGAAGGAGAUCUGCUUUGAUUUGAAUAUAAUGCUACGGGAUAUGGAGGAAGUGUGGUUGGACUCUUGGAUGGGAGUGUUCCUGCUGGGGAAGCCACUGGAUCGGCGUCUGGCUGUUCAGGUCAAGGCCAUGGAGAACUUCCUCUCUAAACCACUGCACACUUUGAAUAGUAAAGGCCUCCAUGAGAUCUUCCAUCAAUUACUAUGGGCAGCAGAUAGCCUGACCAAGGAAAGCCUGACCAAGGCCAUAUCAGCCAUCCUUGGGUCAUCUGAAGUUGAUGGUGCUGUGGACCAGCUUCUCUAUCGCAUCGAUCAAAUGAAAGACCGCCUUCCCAAAGCAGCUCAGUUCCAAUCUGUAGCCAGGGGGCCUGUGAUUCUUGUCUUGGAUGAGAUUGUGCAGGCAUUACCAUGGGAGAGUAUUCCAAUGCUCAAGGAACAGCCAAUAUGUCGAGCCCCUUGCCUUCACUACAUUGCUCUCAGGGGAUCCCAGCAUUACACUAUCAAUUCAGCAAAGGCUUACUACCUCAUCAACCCCUCUCGGAAGUUCUGUCUCACAGCUGGAAUCAAAAAGAUGUUAUGGGUGGAAGAGUAUGUGAAGAACGGGGUCUUCCGCCCUUUUACAAAAGAAGAGAAGGAGGAAAUAUACUGUUUACUCCUGAGGUGUUAA